AUGUUGAAAGAAGUAACUAGGGUGAAAUCGAAGCAAAUAAGAGAAACGAGGUGGGGGAGUGGAAAGAGACGUAGAAAAGGAGAAAGUGAGUGGAGAAUAGAAAAGCAAGUUCCACUCUACAAGGUCGUAGGAGUAAUCGCUUUGUAUUGGUGUACUUCGUGGGCAGCGAUCUUCAUGAACAAAUUUGUAUACACAAAUUUAAAGAAGAGUUUUGAUGCUCCCUAUUUUAUCACGUUCGUACAAUUUAUUGCGCCUACAGCUACACUCUAUUCUUUCUCGAAGGUCAACAAAAAGUUGCGACUAUCAUCUGGGUUUCCCGAUAUCCAUUUUUCCCCUUCGCUGGCAAGGAGGGUAUUUCCGUUGUCCAUUCUGUUCUGUUUGAUGGUGACAAUGAGUAAUCUCUGUCUCAAAUACGUGGAAGUUUCUUUUUACCAGAUUUCUCGUUCUCUUGGAAUUCCCAUGAUUCCUUUAAUCAAGUUUUUUCUAAGUAUUUUCGCUGUCAUUUCCAGCUACCUUCUUUUUGGCGAGAAGUCCUCUCUCCGAACCGUCCUCUCCUGCAUCACCGUCGUAAUUGGGUACUACACCGCAGGUGUCGAUGGCGAGAUCAAUUUCUCUCUCCGCGGCACGCUCUUCGGCGUUGGCGCCAGCGCGGUCGGAACCUUCUACACGAUCUACCUGAAGCGUUAUCUAUCGAACGUGGUGGACAACAGCUGGCUGCUCACGUUCUACACGAACUUCAACAGCUGUGUGAUUCUCCCUGCGCUCUGCGUGGUACGCUCCGCUGUGUGCUUCGAAGUAGGCGUUCGGCGAAGUGCCCGAGAGAAGCGUGGCUGGGAUGUAGCUGGAAUCAUCGGACUGAUGGUGGGCAUCACGACGUAUCUGCAGAUCCAAUACACGAGCAGUUUGUCGCAUAAUAUUUCCGGAGUGAUGAAGAACUGCAUUCAGACGUUCAUGGGGGCUUAUUUUUAUCAUACCACCAUCACACUGAAAGGGUUUUUCGGUAUUUUGCUUGUGGUGGGAGGUUCCUUGAGCUAUACGCUCGAGCGAUUAGAUGUGAAUAGGAAACAGAGACAGGAGGAAGCAACCAAAGCGUUGCUUGGAGAAUCGUCUAGUCAAGAACUGGGGGAGGAGGUCCAUUUAGAGGUGACGGAUGAGGAAUCAGUUCAUUAG